CGGGGUGAUGAGAGGUGUUGGGUUUGCGCCAGACAUAGUGUUUUCCUUGAUGGCCAAAAAGCUCAAUUUUAGUCUCCUCUGAACAGAGUACCUUCUUCCAUAUGUUUGGGGAGUCUCCCACAUGCCUUUUGGCAAACAACAAUCAUGUUUGCUUAUUUUUUUUCUUUAAGCAAUGGCUUUUUUUCUGGCCAGUCUUCUGUAAAGCCCAGCACUGUGGAGUGUACGGCUUAAAGUGGGCCUAUUGACAGAUAUUCCAAUCUCUGCUGUGGAGCUUUGCAGCUCCUUCAGGGUUAUCUUUGGUCUCUUUGUUGCCUCUCUGAUUAAUGCCCUCCUUGCCUGGUCUGUGAGUUUUGGUGGGUGUCCCUCUCUUGGCAGGUUUGUUGUGGUGCCUGAACUGAAGAUACUACCUACAAAGUCAGUGCUAUUUAGGUCUGUCUUUGUAUUUAAAUUUAUGUCUGCAGGUAUAGUCAGGAUAUAUACAUAAGGAAUUUCCUUACAAAGAAAGAAAACGUUCCUCUUAAGCUGUGAGCAAUAAAGAAUAAUACAUUUUCUGUAAAGUUGUUUAGCUAAAGUAAUUUAAUCUAUAUUUCUUAUAGGACAUUGGAUGAAGAGCAUCAUGGCAGAGCUUCCUGAUGAACAAGACAUGCUAACAGAACAAGAGAUCAAUGGCUCACUUACGCCUAACCCUCUGCCAGCAUCUCUGUGGAGAAGAAUGUGGAGAGCGAGCAUUACAGCUAUAGCAUAUCUUCUUCUAUACAUUCUGUCUCAAGUUACAGGUUUGUGGGUUCUUUACAUGCUGAAUGGAUACAGAGCUUGCCCAGCAGCAUAUAAAGUGUUGGGCCUCCUCCAGUACAUUCUAUCAAAUGCAGAGUCUUCUGACCAACAGAUGGAGAUUUGGAGAGUUGAGUGUGUAUGUCCACUAUUAGCAACACUGUUCCUCGGAGUAGUUAUCCUUGGCACUGGAGCAUUGUUCUGCAUUAGAACUUUGGUGCCUGGUAACUCCACUGGCUUUCAUGACCGUCGUCAAUCCAUGAGCAGACAGCCAUCCUUUACUUACUCAGAGUGGACUGAUGCCAAGCAGGAGGAUUUUUAUGAGCUGGAUGCAGUUCCUGAGACACCUGUGUUUGAUUGCUUCAUGGAUAUGAAGACAGAUGAUGACCCGACUACCCUCAAGGUCAAACCAGUGGGCCUGCAGGAAAGGAGAGGUUCAAACGUGUCUCUGACUUUGGAUAUGUGCACUCCUGGCACCACAGAAACAUAUGGGAUGCUGCUGUCUCCUCGAGACCAGAGUGCACAAGAGUACUUGGAGAAUGCAUCUAACCCUCUCACACCAGCACAGCUACAUAUACGUGCUCUGGAUGAUGCUGUUCUACAAGCUGAGUUCUAUGAGGCACCUAUGAACUUUGUGGACCCAAAGGAAUAUAACAUUCCAGGUGUAGUGAGGAAGAACCGCUACAAAACAAUCCUGCCAAACACACACAGUAGGGUUUGCCUUCAAGGAACAGAGGAGGAUGACUUUCUCAGCACAUACAUCAAUGCUAACUACUUGAAGGGCUAUGGUGGGCAAGAGAAGGUAUACAUUGCCACUCAGGGUCCAACUGUAAACACAGUGGGAGAUUUCUGGAGGAUGGUUUGGCAGGAACACUGCCCAAUCAUUGUCAUGAUCACCAACAUUGAGGAGAAAAAUGAGAAAUGCACCGAGUACUGGCCAGAGGACAGUGUGACCUGUGAAGGCAUAGAGAUCACUGUCAAACAGUUCAUUCAGGCUGAUGACUACAGUCUGAGGAUAUUCACUGUGAAGUAUGAAGGUGAGGAGCGCAGUCUCAGGCACUACUGGUACACAUCAUGGCCAGAUCAGAAAACACCAGAUAAAGCCCCACCUCUUUUACAAUUGGUCCAAGAAGUGGAGGAAGCGAGGAAACAGGCUCCACCCUCUAGUGGCCCUGUUAUUGUUCACUGCAGUGCAGGAAUUGGCCGCACUGGCUGCUUCAUUGCCACUGCUAUCCUGUGUAAGCAGCUUAGACAUGAAGGAGUGGUGGACAUCUUGAGAACCACCAGCCAACUACGAUUGGACAGGGGUGGCAUGAUUCAAACAGCUGAGCAGUACCAGUUUGUGCAUCAUGUUCUGAGUUUGUAUGAAAGACAGCUGACUUGGAGACCAGAAGAAUAGCAUUUGCCACAGCACAUCCUAACCCACUAUCAAUCUGUCAACACUUUACAUCUGCCUGCACAAGACCUCAACAAGUCAAGCAUCUGUUGUGCUCCUGCUAGACUGUAUAAUAGUAUGAUCUAUUGUUAAAUGUUGGGUUAUGUGUAAACCUGCAAGACUUUAACUCAGGGCUUCAUCUCCCCAAUAUGUUUCUGUGUCAUCAGAAUCAGUACUACUUCAUAAGGCAUCAUGGGGGACCAGGGCAUGCUCUCAGCUAAAGUUACAUUAACAGUGAACCAUGCCUAUUCCUUAAUGCCACUCCCACUCUCCACCAAUCCUGACCCUGGCCUGUGGCCUUAAGAUAUUUAAUAAAUAUACACUCACUGAUGACUUAAUUAGGAACACCUGUACAUCUGCUCAUUCAUGCAGUUAUCCAGUCAGCCAAUCAUGUGGCAGCAUAAUGCACUGAAUCAUGCUGAUACAGGUAAAGAACUUCAGGUACACAUCAAAUAUCAGAAUGGG